AGUUGUCAAAAUUUAUGUAAGAGCAUCUCUACAGCAUGAACGGGACUUGGUAAACAUAGAUACUUUUAUUGUAUACGAUGAUGUUCCAACCAUAGUUUAAAUUGUCAUGUCGAUUAUGGAAUAGAGAUCUUUGUUUUGUGAUAUGUCUUCUUCCGAUGCCGUGCCUUCUUCAAACGAUGUUUUUGGGAAAGACUCAGACGAGGAGCCUGGUACUUCUGGUAUUGAGGUGAGACAACUUUCAGUAGCGGAAGCAGAAUACGAAAUUGCAGGUGCCGAGGACGACGAGAGCUCUGACGAGGAUAGUGAGAGAAACUUGAGGCGAGCGCUCCCUAGAAUUCGACCUUCCUUACUAGAAGGAGAAGAAGAGCAGCCCUCGUUUUCUUUAGCGGACGAAACCAACGCUGGCCCUGUUACUGCCUUCAACCUUGAAGAGGAGUUAGAUGAAGGCUAUGUUGACAAAGAAGGCAACUUUGUGGGUUUUUAUUUUGAAAACAGAGUUCAGAACCUCGAGGGUGUAGUUUCUUCUUCAGACGAGGAAGAAGAAUCGAAGAGGGAAAAAAGGAAACCAAUAAGACGUCCUAGAGUAGAGCGCGACGAUUGGGCAGACGCCAUCGAGGUUUUGAAGCCUACGUAUGCAAUGCAAGCGUCUAAUUCAAAGGAAGAAUUGAAGUCUUUGGAGGAUUCGGAUAUGGUGGAUGAUGAUUCCCCUGAGAGAACAAAAGAGUUAUAUGCAAAGCUGGCAAGGCUUUUACACUCAGGUGAAAGCAUAUUGCGAGCUUUGAAAAGAUUAGCGGGAAGUAGAAAGGAUGCGAGUGCUAAACGUGAGUUUAACGAAGUCACAGAACUCGCCGAUUCUUUGCUGAAUAGAGGCGAGUACAGCAUUUAUGAAGAAACGAGAGAGAGUUGCUUGGAGAAGGGAGGGCUAGGAGAGUUUGGUAAUAGCUGUUCUUCUUCAAAGGAAACAAGAAAGAGGAAAAGAGAUGGUGAACCUUUGAAUGAUUUACACACGUCGCCACGAGACCAGUCAAAACUGCAUUGGGAACUCAAGUGGUCUCAUGACCCUUCUAAAGUUUAUGGACCGUUCUCUACAGAGCAGCUUAGGAAUUGGCAGGCUUGGGGUUAUUUUAAUGAGGCAGAAGCGUUUGUAAGAGACACUGAUGUCGACAGUUCAUUUCAUAUUGCUUCAUCGAUUGAUUUUUCCAAGUAUGGAGAGUAAACUAUUUAAAACUGAUUAUUUGCAAUGA